ACUCCAGCUCUACAGCUGUUCACAAAUUGAGCAAGAAGCAGAAAAUUAGUCAUCAAGCAAAUUUCGCAGCAAAUUUAAAAGAAUUACUUAUAGUUUUUGGAGAAAACUCUCAAUAAAAAUAAAAAAUGAAUCGACUUUUUGGACGCGGUAAACCCAAGGAGCCUGGACCAAGUCUAAAUGACUGCAUAACAGGGGUGGAUGCACGAGCUGCAAACAUUGAGGAGAAGAUUGCCAAGUUGGAGACGGAGCUGCGCAAAUACCGCGAGCAGAUGAGCAAAAUGCGCGAAUCACCAGCGAAGAACUCAGUUAAACAAAGAGCGCUGCGUGUGCUUAAGCAAAAGAAGGCUUAUGAACAGCAAGCCGAAUCUCUGCGUAAUCAGUCCUUUAACAUGGAACAGGCCAACUAUGCAGCACAAUCGCUCAAGGAUACUCAAGCCACUGUGGCCGCCAUGAAGGACGGUGUCAAGCAAAUGAAAACCGAAUAUAAGAAAAUCAAUAUCGAUCAUAUUGAGGAUAUGCAAGAUGAUAUGGCCGAUAUGCUAGAACAGGCGGAUGAGGUGCAGGAGGCAAUGGGUCGCACUUACGGCAUGCCCGAUGUGGAUGACGAUGAUUUGCAGGCGGAGCUGGAUGCGUUGGGUGAUGAGAUGGCAUUGGACGAUGAUGCCAGCUAUUUGGAUGAUGUUGUCAAGGCGCCCGAAGCGCCGGACAGAGAGCCAGGAGCCGAUAGCAUCAAACCAGGAAAGAGCACCAUUGAAACGGAUGAGUUCGGAUUGCCCAAAAUACCGACCACUUUGAAGACCACAUAAAUAAUUCCCUCAUAUGCAUUAUAUAUUAAACAAAGUGAAAAAUGAAGCCAUUUGCGACAGCUUGUUUUCCAUGCAGUUAUAAAAUCAAAAACCAAUUAUAAGUUUAUUAACACAUUGCUUUUUUAUUAAAUAUUUUGUAUGUCUCUAAUUGUUAUGUUCCCAAUGUAGAAGGCCUAUUAAAAGGGAUUUGUACGCUGA